AUGGGAGAAUGUCUCGCUGUUUUUAUUGAUAGCUUUAAUAAAACUCAAGUGUGGGUUAUGAAAGAAUACAGAGUGCAGUCAUCUUGGACUCUGAUUGAGAUUCCUAUGCCACUUUCAGCUGUAUGCAUGACCAAAAGUGGUGAACUUAUUGCAUUAAGUGCUAAUGUUUCAGAGUUGAUGAAAUUUAAUGAGAAAGGAGAAUUGCUGGAACGUUGUGAAUAUAGUGGUGCUUAUGUGAUUGGGUUCCACUUACCUAUGUAUACAGGGAGUCUUUUUUCACUCCCUAGGAACAACGAUGGAAGCAUGGAAACAACAUCAACAGAAACCGACAAGGAGAAAUAG